AUGGAUAACAAUUUCGAACAACUUGUUAGCGCACUUCCAUUGUCAUCAUCAUUUACGUUUGGCAUUAGCGAAAUUACAUAUAUUCUCGAAAAACAAAAUAUUGAUUUAUCAUCAUCAUUUAUAUUUGAAUCUUUUCAAUCAUUAGUUAGACUCGAAUGUUGGGCAUGGAAAGUUCUAAGUAAAGAUUCAUAUCAAUGGAUAAAUCAACCAAAUUAUUUAACAUUAUUUCAUACGCUUGCAUUGUUUAAUAAAAAUUUAAUAUUCAAUUAUGAUAAUAUUAAAGACGGAAUGAAAGCAUCACUUCUUAUACCUGAUACCAUCGAUCAAAUCAAUGAUAUAUUCGAACAAAUUAACCGAGAUAAAGAUGAUAAUGAUCCAUUUAUUAGUAUAGCGAGUGUUUGGUUUGAUAAUCUUGCAUUAUUCGUUCAUGAAAAUCCUGAAUUUGAUACAUCGCCUGUUAUUUGUCAUAUUAAUCAAUUUAUUGGACAAAAUUAUCUUAUGACUGAACAAUAUACAUUCUAUUUAGCUCAACUUCAAAAACCAAAAUUACCACAAUCAAUAUUUACUGCUAAACAAUUAUUUUAUAUAAAAACGUGUUCGUUUUGUUUGAGUUCAUAUUUAACUGCCACAGCUCAGCAUUUUCUCUAUACUGCGGAAGAUAUUUUACAUUAUGUCGGUAAUGAUUUUGUGCAAAUCAUUGAAAUUCAUAGUCACAUCAUAGAUAUGUGGAGUGAACAAUUUCUAACGUGUAUAACGCAUUUAAUUGGUUUCAUUGCAGCAUGUUGUUGGUGGGGCGGAGAAAAACAAAAACAAAUCAAUCGUUUAUUUCAUUCAGAACAAAUUAUUUAUUCGUAUAUAAAUUCAUUAAUUCGAAUAAUAAGUUACAAACCAUUUUAUUCACAUAUAAAAGCACAAUCAUCCAACGAUGAUACACAGUUAAUCGAUUUUUGUUUAUUUUCUUUACAAACUCUUGCGCAAAAUCAAGAUUUAAUAUGGUUUUUUCGUUCGAAAAUUUCAGUACCCGAAACACUUUCAACAAUAGCCGAGCUAUCAAUUCAUGAUAAAAUUUGUUUACGUGCAUACAUUAUCUUAGGAGAAAUCCUCUGUAAUGAACGUUUAAAAGAUUUGAAAAUUGCCGAUAAUCUAAGUCUAUUUUUCUAUGAUAUGCUGGAACAUGCUUGGAGACAUCCAUCGAAAAAUUAUAAACAAAUACCUAUUUUUCAUCUAUUGCGAGGCUUUUUGACGCUAUCAAAAAUCGAUGCAAUACAACAGAAAACAGCUGAUUUAGAUAAAAUACCACUUUUUAUAGAAAUCUGCGAUGAAUAUCCAAUAACAUUUGAUAUUCUAUGGGCGUUAUCAUUCAAUUCAGAUAUUCAAAAUAAACUACGUUCAAAUACAGCAUUCAUGGCUAAACUAGUUCAUCUAGCAAAACAAUGCGACAAUGAACAAAUGAGAAAAAUGACACAUGGCAUUCUUUGGAAUCUCGAAUCAAGCCAUCAAGAUCGCGCAAUGUCAGAAUUUAGCGAAGAAAAACAAUUCGAUAUAAUGAUUAGUUAUUCACAUAAAGAAAAAGUGCUUUGUAAACAAAUCUACGAUGAAUUGACGAAAGCUGGCUAUCGGAUAUGGAUUGACUUUGAUCAAAUGCAUGGAAAUGUGAUGGACGCCAUGGCACAAGCUAUUGAACAAUCAAAUGUAAUCAUUAUUUGUAUGAGUGAACAAUAUCGUCGCAGUAAUUAUUGUCGAGCGGAAGCACAUUAUGCAUUUCAACGGCAACUUAAAAUAGUUCCGAUUCUUCUACAGAAACAUUACAAACCAGAUGGAUGGCUUUCAUUUCUUAUCGGUCAACUGCUUUAUGUUGAUUUUACUAAACAUGAAUUUGUACGAGCAAUGAAAUUACUGAUGAAAGAACUUCAAACUGAGCAGAUUCCUGAAAUUCUAAUGACAGCAUUUCAUUCGAGUUCAAGUACUGAUUCUGUAUUUUCUGGUAAAGAAGAAAUACCAUUGAAAGGGCCUUUAUCGGUGUCAAUUAUAUUCCCGAAAAAUAUGUUAGAUUGGACACGAAAGAAUGUACAUGAUUGGCUAAUGGAAAAUAAUCUUAUUCAAAUGUCUCAACUACUUGUAGAUUGUAAUGGUUCAAGCUUACUUUAUUUAAGUGAUUUUAUUAAGAGCGGUGAGACAAAACAAGUAUUAAAUCUUCUUCAAGAAGAAUCACUUCGACGAACAAAUGAAGGUUUGUCAUUGGUUGAACUGUCUUAUUUUCAAUCACUGAUGGAUCAACAAAGAUCUGCAUUGGGAUCGAAAGUUUCUCGACGAUCUUUGAGAAAUACGAAUCGAGGAAAAAAACUUAUCUCAUCUUGUUGUCAAAUAAUUUGA